AUGACUGGUCACUGGCCCUCACAAAACCAGGACUCGUGCUCUAUGUGUCCGACUCGUGCUCAAUUCAAAACAUUACAGAGUUCAGUCAUCAGAUUAGAGAAUUCAGUCAUCAAUUUAGAGAAUCUUGUUAAAGAACUCUCGGAAAAGCUUUAUGAGACUCAGCUUCGACUACAAAACGUUGAGGAAUGCGAUUGUUUUAAGAGCUGUUUAGUGAACGGAACCUUACAUUCAGAGGGAUCGAGUUGGAAACAAGACUGUGAUAUCUGUUCCUGUGUUCAUGGAGAAGUGAAGUGUCGACCCAUUCAUUGUUCGAUUCCGUGUAAAAACCCCGAAAUGGUUGCCAACGAGUGCUGUCCUGUCCUACAACACGGCCAACGCAUUAAAAUUAGUCCCAAAAUAGCCAAUAGAGACAAAUGUGGUGAAUGUGUGUGUAAUGACGGAAAGACUAGUUGUAAACAAAUAAUCGCAGAGACGAUGUGUCCUCAACUCGACUGUCCUAUCAAUGAACAGUUCACUCGAGAAGACCAAUGUUGCAGAUUCUGUGCUGGCGCCGACUUUUGCAGUGUAGGCAAUGAUUGCCAUUCAAACGCAACCUGUCAUAACCUGCACACAGAAUAUACCUGUUCUUGUAAUAAGGGUUUCAAAGGCGAUGGAAAGAUAUGUGAAGAUCUGAACGAAUGCGAUCAAAAAGGAGGCAAUGAUGGCCAUCAUUGCGGACAGAAUACGAUAUGUGUGAACACAUUAGGCUCUUAUAAGUGCGAGUGUUUACCCAGCUUUAGACGACAUAAUAAAUUUGAAUGCAUUGAUAUCGAUGAGUGCUCUAAAGAAGUGAACGAAUGUAAUGAGAAUGCAAUUUGUGUGAAUACUCCCGGAGGUUAUGAAUGUCUGUGCAAACCUGGAUAUGAACGACAAGGACUUAUUUGCAAACGUAAGGAUAUAUCCAAUACGAAAUAAACUUCAAACUAAGAAUUUCACUUCAACUCUACAAUAGAUAUAAGUUUUAGAAAUCAAUGUUUUCAAGAACUGAUUGUCUUAUUUGUAAUGAUUUUAAUAAUAUCAAUAAUAUGGUAACAGAUCUCAACGGAUUUAUUGUAGAAUUGAACCCAUAGGCUAAC